AUGCAUCUCAACGAGGUUGCUCCGGCGCCCGUGCAAGCAGAGUCGGCCCUGUUGACCCGCAGGCGUCGACGCAAAUCACUGCCUCUGCGCGGUCAUGGUGCAAACUCAACUGAUCCAACGUCGCCGGAGGUGAUCUCAUCCCUCAUCUCGUCCCUGUCGACCAUCUCAGUGCCCCUGAACUCACACUUUGACAACGUACCGCGAAUCGACUCCGAUUCUGAUCCGGGCUUACCGGAAGUCCCGCACACUGCGCCCGUGUACUCCAGUCCCCCUUCGGAGCAGCAUGGCUUUGGCAUGAGCUACGGUGCCUACAAGACGGCUGAGGAGCCCCCAAACAGCCCCUUCUUACAUCCUGAUGAUGCUGCCCUGUCGCCCGUCAUUCGCAUGGCCAGGGCGCCUCCUUCCCCCAAGUCACCUAAAUCCCCUCGAUCACCCCGGUCUCCGAAAUUCAAACCCUUCAAAACUGCCGAUUCCUCCCAAGCUCGCCCGGUAUCGAGGGAAUCUCAUACGUCCCUCAAGGCAGCAGAGGAUUCGGUGUUUGGGACCAUCAGUACGGAACCUGGUCCGCGAGUCUCUACAGCUGUCAGCAUUGCUUCCAACAGCUCUGCUGGGCGGAAGAGUCUCAAGGGCCAGUUUGGCCUUUUGAAGAAACCUUCGCGGGAGUUUAUUGGGGACAAGGAAUCGCACGCGGACCGGCUGCGCAAGACGAGCAGCCACAACGACAGUUUGCGACACAACCCUCCACGUAGCCGGGCGAGCCUGCGUUCGAUGCAUUCCAUGGCAGAUGUGGCCGAGGAGGGUCGUCCGAAUGGUGUCAUGGAAAAGACGCAGGAAAAGAUGGUCGCCAGUACACCUCCACCCCCGGAGCGCCAAUCCGUCCAAAGCACCCCGGAUACCAGCCAUAACCCGGGAGGGAUUGGGAGCGGCAGGAUUAUCCCGACGCGCGACUCGUCCAUGCGGAAUCAGCAUAGCCAGUCCCCCGGCUCUAAAAACCGGAAAUCCGCUCGCCACAGUCGAUAUUCGUCCACCGCCAGCAAGGAGACCGGCACGGAAAAUGGUUUGCCUGGUUCGGGGAAUGACGCGGAGCAGGUGACACGGAGAAUCCAGGAAUUGAAGGAUCAACAACAGAAGAUCAAAACCGAGCUGGAGGCAGACAACAGUCCUGGGAAGUCCGCCAAAGCGACACCCGCGAAACAGGCGAAAUCCUCCCGCCGUCCUAGUCAGCUCGAUUACGGCCGUGCAACCCAAAAUGGGUCCAAGGAAGAGAAGUCGGGUCUUAAUGACAGUGCUCCGUCGCCCUCGGUCAUGACGGGGAAGAGCCGAUCCGGGAGUCGGCCCGGGGCCCCUCUGGCAUCCAAGCCGACCAAUUUCCCUCCUCAGGCGUCAAAAGCGUCACUCGAGAAACUCGAGCAUAAUAAACCUCGGUACCGGCGCUCAUUGGAACCAGCAACACCCACCAAGCUUCAUCGGCGUUCACCGUCCGGUACAUUGUCGCUUGGCCGUCCCUCUUUGAGUAAUGAACGACCCUCGAGUGCGGACUCUAUUGAUCUCGCCGUGGAUGAUUAUAUCUACUCCCCGAAACUGACCCAAAGGGUGGCUCAUCCAACGACUGGCCGUACCAUUGCAUUUUCCGAAGUCGGAGACCCCAAGGGCCAUGUCGUGUUGUGCUGUCUUGGCAUGGGCCUCACCCGAUACCUGAUGGCGUUCUAUGAUGAGCUGGCCCGGACCCUUAAUCUACGACUGGUGACUCUGGAUCGUCCUGGUGUUGGCGAGAGUGGACCACAUCAAGUGGACGAGCCGAGCACCCCUCUCAGCUGGCCAGAUGACGUUGCAAUUGUAUGCAACUACCUCCGAGUGACCAAAUUCUCGAUCCUGGCCCACUCCGCGGGUGCAAUCUACGCUCUUGCCACGGCUCUUCGGAUCCCACAACACAUCCGAGGCCGCAUUCAUCUCUUGGCUCCAUGGAUUCCUCCCUCUCAGCUCUCCAGUAUUGGCUCGCAGAAAGAUCCUGCGCCAAACAACGCAGUGCCAUACUCGCAGAGGAUUCUCCGUGCCCUUCCGACAUCUAUCCUCAAAGUCGCCAAUUCCAGUUUUAUGAGUGCCACCAGCGCGAGUCUUACCACCAGUCUCCCUAAAUCCCCGCGACGAAGCAAGCGCAAGGCCGCUGCCAAGGAAUCCCAGAAUGCAGAUGCCCGACUUGCCGCAUCAGAAGAACCUCUGGAUGAUGACACUGCUUCGUUGCAGUCCAAGUCUGAUUUCCCUGUAUCCGGAACGAGCAAGUCAUCUGUUGUCCCAAAAGCUUCAUACAGGAGGAGUGACACAACCCUCGGAUCUCGUGCCAAGUCCCCGGAGGACGAGCGCGAACGUCAGCGGGACUACGACACCCGCCUCACACACAAGAUCUGGGAGCUGGCCACCGCGAACGCGAAUCCAGCAGUGGAUCUCUUGAUCUGCCUGGAACGUCGCCAGACAAUUGGCUUCCGCUACGUUGAUAUCACACGGUCUGUGGUGAUUCACCAUGGCAGCAAAGACACUCGCGUGCCAGUGGACAAUGUCCAGUGGCUGGGGAAGACGAUGCGGCGCUGCGAAGUACGGGUCCUCGAAGGAGAAGGCCACGGACUCAUGGCAUCUGCCGGAGUCAUGGGCAGUGUCUUGACUGAGAUUGCCAAGGAAUGGGAAGACUGGACAAUCAUUGUCCAAGGCAAGCGCCGGGCGACUACCCACGCUACGCGACCCGGGCUUUCAGUCCACACUUGA